ACUUAUUUUAGUGUUUAGUGUGUUUGUGCGACGUGUCGUGAUGGCGGCAAGUUUGGGAAAGAAGAUCACCCCGGGUCUGAUGCCCCCCGGCUCCCCCGGGACGUACCGCAAGAAGUCGGCGUCCGUGGAGCUGCCCGCCGCGCUGCAGCAGCUGCCGCGGCCGCACCGAGGCAGCGUUUGCGGCGACGCCAAGAUGGCCGAAGACAAGCCCUGGCCCAACACCAAGGACGACUACGAGCUCAGGGAAGUCAUAGGUGUUGGAGCCACAGCUGUUGUACACUCAGCGCUAUGUAUUCCACGCAACGAAAAAUGUGCCAUCAAGCGAAUAAACUUAGAGAAAUGGAAUACGAGCAUGGAUGAGCUGCUGAAAGAAAUUCAGGCCAUGUCCUUGUGUCACCAUGAGAAUGUGGUAACCUACUACACAUCCUUUGUUGUAAAAGAAGAGCUAUGGCUUGUCCUCAAAUUAUUAGGUGGAGGAUCACUACUUGAUAUAAUUAAGCACAGAAUGAAAACCUCUGACUGUAAACAUGGGGUGUUCGAUGAGGUAGUGAUCGCCACAGCAUUACGAGAGGUGCUUAAGGGACUAGAAUAUUUCCAUAAUAAUGGCCAAAUACACAGAGACAUAAAAGCAGGAAACAUCUUGCUAGGUGAAGAUGGUGUCGUCCAGAUUGCAGACUUCGGAGUCAGUGCCUGGCUCUCGACGGGGGGAGAUCUCUCUCGGCAAAAGUCCCGUCACACUUUUGUGGGAACUCCUUGCUGGAUGGCACCUGAAGUUAUGGAGCAAGUUCCUUAUUUCCUCUUGUGUUCCAAGUCUUUACUAACUUCAGGACUUCAUCAUAGUUCAAGUCCCUGGAAGUUGUUAACUUCGUCAAGAGUGAGAAAGAAAAGUAAUCCUCCUUUCCCCCACCUACAACAGGACCAGUAUAAGGGCUAUGGAAAGACAAUCCGAAGGAUGAUCACGGAGUGCUUGCAGAAGGACCCAGCCAAGCGCCCAACGGCCCAAGAACUCAUCAAACAUCCUUUCUUCAAAAAGGCCAAAGACAAGAAGUUCCUCCAGCAGGUGCUGCUGCAGGGAGGGCCGUCCAUAGAGGAGAGAGUGGCCAAGCAAAUCCGUGGGCGCCAACCAGGAACAUCAGGCCGCCUCCAUCGCACCCAGAGUGGGGACUGGGUUUGGUCCAGCGACGAGGAGGAAGGGGAGAAGGAUGGCGAUGAGCCAGAUAAGGUGUCUGUAAGCAGCGCAGAGAGUGGUGGAGAAAAACAGACUCAGCAGCAGACUUCAGCCCAGCCAGAGCAGGCACCAGCACAGUCACAGCCAGCAGCUCAGGAGCCUUCUCAGACACAGCCAAGUCCUGCAACAAAUACUCCUCAACCAGAACAGCCCCAAGUUCCUCAGCAGCAGCAGCAGCAGCAGCAGCAACAGCCACAGCAGCCUGCAGUGUCCCCACAACCUCCCCCUCAGCAAGCAUCACAGAUACAGUAUGCACCCCAAGUUGUCCCACAGUUCCAGCCAGGCAUGGAUGGAACCACUGCUCCUGGUGCCUACAAUGCCUCAUUCCAGCCACAGCAGCCAGUGCCGCCAAUACAGCCGCAGAUGCCACAACAACAAAUACCUCCUUUGUAUCCCAUGGAACAUGUUCCUGCAGCAUCCGUGGGAAUGAUGCCUCAACAGGUACAGAACAUGAUGCCAGUGUCAGGAAUGGGUGCCCAGCCCAUGAUGACCUCCCCUAUGCCUGUACCUGUCUCCAUGCCUGCGGUUGCAGCCAUUCCUCAGGUGGUUAACCAGGGUGUGCCCCAGGUAGUGCCACAAGUAGUACCUAUGGCAGGAAUACCCGCAGUUAUGCCUGCCGUGGUUGGGGGAGUGGCUGAUGGUGUGGGUGGCUUCAUAGCUCCCGUCCAGCAGGAAAGCGAACCUAUCAACUUGGUGCUGAGGGUCAGGAACCAGAAGAGGGAACUGAAUGACAUUCGGUUCGAGUUCACCGUUGGUCGAGACACGUCGGAAGGGGUCGCCUCAGAACUGGUAGCAGCCGGUCUAGUCGACGGCCGGGACUUGGUCGUUAUCGCUGCGAACCUAGACAAAAUUACUCAACAUCCAGAAAUGGGUCAAAACCUCACCUUUAGAUUGAGUUCAGAAUGUGAAGCCAAUGAAGUCCCUGAUGAUAAGGCAUUAAUAGGCUUUGCUCAGUUAACGAUUUCCGACUGAUCCAAGAAAGGGGGCUCCCUUCGCAAGCGGAAGCCACGAACCUCGGCAAGCCUUCGACAGCCGGCCCGGCCUGUGGUGACUCCCAGGAGGCCAAGCACCAACAGUGAUGAGAUUUGUUAUCAAAAGUGGAUCUUUAGGAUUUUCCGUGCUUUUUUUUCCGUCUGGGGCUAGACCUGGCCUAUGCGCCUAACAUGCAUCGUAUUCCUUGGUUUUAACUUUUACUUUUCUUAACAUGUAUACAGUAUUCUGUGAUUUAUUAGAGGAUGUUUUCCUUUGCAAUUUCCAUCACACACACUGAGAUUAGUGUCAUUCUUUGUCUUACAGUGCAAUGCAUUUUAUUCAGAGAUUAUCUUAGCAUGGUAAGCUGCGUGCAGAGCCCACUUCUCUUGAUUAUCAAAACAAUUGUGAAUAAGGUUUGGCUUUGUUGACUCGACAUUGUAUUUAUUAACUGGAAGGAAGCAUUAGCUGCUGUACAUUGUCUUUCAGACUCAAUGGAAUCUGCUGAGUUAAUCAAACAUCAUUUUCCGUGUGCUCGCAAGUAUACUCUGUGCAAUGUAAGGAAAGGCUUAGAUGCAAGAAGAGCUGAGAAUAUGUUUACUGUUUUAUUCAAAUAAUCAGAGCAUUAAGAUUGAAUAUUUCAAAAUAUUUAGCAAGUUAUUUACUCUGGAUUUAGUUAACUACUGAGCAACACAAAGUCUUUGCUUGUUCCAGAUUCAAGUUUUCAAAUCUGGCUGCUUGAAGUUCUAAAUUGUGUUCCUUUAGGAAGUAAAUUAUUCACUAGUUGUAAAUUCUCGUUCAGAAAUCUGAUCUUCAGGGAAGAAAUUUGUUGUUUCCAAUGAAUAGAGCCAAACCAUUAUUAGCAUUAAAAUGAUAAACCAAAAAAUUGUCAUAAAGUUGUACAAUUUUACUUUUUUUCCCUCUAAUAGGAUGAAACUUUUUUUGUUUUUUUCUAAUUUGAUGCAGAAGACACAAAAAUGAAUUUUGAUUUUUUGGGGCCCAUGUACUAGUUGAUUUCAAAUACUUUAAUUUUUUAUAUAAAUCCUUUGUUUAUGUUUGCUAGACUUUGCAAUGGAUGUCCAGUUUCAGGAAUUUAAGUUGAGUUCAGUGCUUUUUUGAACCUCGGAAAAGAGAAAUACAUGUGUCCACCUUAAAGAGUUAGAUUGAUUUCAAUAUUUCUUUUAAGCCCCUGAAAGCAAAAGAGUAAAUGUAAUUAAUUAAGAGAUUGCUAGUUGCAUUGCUAAACGGUGACACUCAACACUUGUUGGUGAGAGUGUGUGUCUUCAUUGCUCAUGAAUCAUAUCAUGUCAUUUGUAUGGUAAAUACAAUAUAUUGUUGAUAAGGAAAUAAUGUAAUGCAGUAUUCUGGAUGUUGGAGUGUAAUCAAGAUCUUUUAUUUUUGUUCCUUGUUUUUACUUCACACCACUGGGUAGUGAAACAGUUGUUAUGAGACGGCCUUAAACAUGCACCAAUUUCAAGUAGUUAGAAUAGUUGCGUUAUCCAAUUUAAAAGUGUUUUGGAAUUACUACUCAAAGAGAAAUAUAUUGUGCUAAAUGUUUGCAUGGAUUCGGAAUGCAAUAUUUGGUAAAUAACCCCACAGUUACUGUAAGGUAGAGAACAUGAAGACAUUUAGCAAAUUACGGCUUCAAAAUGCAGGGGGAAUGUAUAUUGUUGAGGGGCACAGGGCUCAGCCAUUCCAGGAGGGGAGCCUUGAGCACAGGGAGUGGCCAGGACGUGGCUUACCAGUGAUAGUGGAGAGGGAGCCAAAGAGGAGGGCCAGCUCUGCCCCAGGGAGGCAUGCAGCCCUAGCAUAAGAGUGGAUGGUAAAUAUAGGGUUAGAUGAGUAUAGUUUUUCAUGAUACAUUUCCUUAUUGCAUAUUAUGAUAUAAUUUUUUAAUAUAUUCUUAGAACUUUUUCAGCAGAUGUAAGUUAUAUUUACAGUAUAUGAAGAAAAGAUAUUAAAAUAACCCUCAUUGCCAUGGGUUAAUUCCAAUUUUUACCACAAUAAACUUGCAGCUGUAUGACUGUUCAAAUCAGUGGAUGUUGUGACUUCAUAGAGACAUUUCAGGCAGAGUAAAGAGUAGUCAGGAAGUUUUUGUAAUUGAUUAAUUCAUUCCCUGUUUCGAGCACAGGAUUAAUCAUAGGUGGCAAUUAAAGUCUUGAUUUUACUCUCUUUUUCAUGUUUUUUAUCUUGUGGCUAACAUGAAAUUUUUUCCAUUAAAUUUUCCUCCAAAAGGCAGGGCUACAGCUCAGGAACUUGAUAUGGAUUUCAUUAAUUGAAUGACUACUGCUUACUUUAGUCAGUGUUUCUUAAAUGUUGUUCACAAUAAACAUCUUGUUCUUGCCUGUGAUGUGUUGAUUAUGAUAAUAGAAAUGUGCUUUGAAGCCUUAAAACAUGUAUAUGUAGUUUAAAUAACAGUGAUUUUUGACAUUUUGAAAUGACAAACUUCACAGUAGGUACUGAAGGCAGCACUGUGUUGCCAAUCCAGUGCACUUCUGAGGUCUGUAGGUUAUUUAAGUCUCGUAGAUAUAGUGAGAGCACCUGACUGAAUGAGAGAACCCAUGUCUUAAAACAAAUGUAUGGGUGCCCUGGAAGGAUAGGUAGAGCAUAUGUGGUGCUUGUCAUAUUCUAGGUAAUUCUCUUCCAUAUUUUUUCCUGACUCCAGCAUUAUCGUGAUCUCUGCAGAAUAUGAAUAGAACAUAUAAGGAGGAGCAGGAAGAGAAAACUUUGUAUUUGUCCCUUUCUUCACAGUCUAUAUAGGUGUGUGUGUGUAUAGACAGUAUGUAUUGUGCGUGUGCGGGUGCAUGUGUGCAUAUGAGAGUGAGUGAGUGAGUGAGUAAGUGCAAGUGCAGGUGGAAGGUAAGUGUAAGUGAGAGAAAGAAAAUAUGUGAGUAAGAGUGAGGAAGUGUGCAUGUAUGUAUGUAUGUAUGUAUGUGUAGACACACACACACACACACACACACACACACACACACACACACACACACACACACACACACACACACACACACACACACACACACACACACACACACACACACACACACACACACACACACACACACUCACUCACCUUCUCAAAAUAAUAUGUAUAUAUAUAUGUGUGUGUGUGUGUGUAUAUAUAUAAUGUAUGUUUGUAUGAAUAUGAAUAUAUGUAUGUUUGUAUGUAUUUGCAUACACAUAUACACAUAAACCCGUAUAUAGCUAUAGUAAUUUUCUCUUUUUUUUUUUUUUUUUUUUUCUUUUUUUUUAAUUUUACAAUUUUUUUUUCUUCUUCCCAUUGUGAGUUGUUCGAGUGUAUGUAUAUUAGUCAUUAUAGAAUGAUAUGUUGCUCAUGUUAAGUUCCUCAUCUGUUUAUAAUUGUACAUACUCUUUAUAGUAUCAAAUACACAGCGUUCAUCAAGGUACCCCCACCCCUCCCCCACCCCUCCCCACCCACGCCUAUCUGUCAACAGACACUGUAUUCAUUUCUUUUGUAUAGAUGAUUUUCAUUGAAAAAUGAUGAAGUGUGUUGAAGUAGAUAAAUUAUCUUUAUUAUUAUUAUUAUUAUUACAGUUAUUGUGACUACAAUUGAUACAGUUUAAGGAUAUUCAUCAGUAACCAUAAUAUCAGCAGACCUCAGGUCUUUUUGAUACAGUUUAUUAUUGAAGUCAGUCAAAAGUGAAAAGCUAUUAGCUGUGUAACUGGGAAUAUUGCUUGCUUAUAUGUAUCGCAUAUUCCAGAAAUACAAUUUGCCAUUUGUUAGCAUAAUUUGGACUUUUGUUGAUCUUUUUCCUCAUGUGGCUUGUUUUCUUGAAAUGGCAUUUUAUAUUUGUCUGUUUGCUUGAUAAGGUAUUUCUAGAUUUAAAAUAAAGAUCAGCAAAGCUACUCAAUUGCAAUGCAUGUUCUUGUGUGAUAUAAAGGAAUUGGCUCUUGUUUCUAAAAAUGUUAAUAAUUUUAAUAGACAAUAAAUUUUUUAAAGUCCUGAGUGUUACAUGAUGUAAUGUAGAGCUCAAAAUUUUACCUAGUGCAUUUUUUUUACAUGUUAUACCAGUUUGAUUUUCAUAAUUUUUUAUUACAAAUUCAUCAGGAGCUGUAAUAAUUCCUUUUUAUUUUUUCUCUGUUUAUGCCCCCCUUCUUUUUUAUUAUUCUUCUUCAUCCCAUGUAAGAUGUAUUUGUUGGUGGCCAGUGAUAGAUAGGUGGCAAGGUCCGAGGGAAAACAGUUUCUGAAGCCCCUUACCGUGCGUUGGCUAAAGUAAUUCCAGAGACGCGGUUUGAGGCUGGGUGCAUUCUGCCACGCCAGGUGCUGCACAAAGACAUUCAAAGGCUGUUGCUGCUCGUUGGAUCGAUAGCUCUCUUCCCUGUGGCCGGAAUUUAGGGUAUACAAUGUGCAAAGCUAAUAUUUUUCAUUGAUUAUCAUCAGUACUUCUGUUGUUAUUACUAUCAGCAUUUUUUUUUUAUAUUGAUAUCACUGUGUAAAGUUAUUUUGUCUUUGUGUGGCUCUUUGGGCUGGGAGAAUUUUGUACUGGUGUUUCUUUUCUUUAAAAACUAAUCAGUUACUUGUGAUGAAGUAUUAUUUGUGAUAAGCACUGCUGAUCCAGAAAUUCUGUUGCAUACUUUUACUAUUUUAUAUACAUAUUUAUCAGUAUCAUUGUGCAGAUUUUUUUUUUCUUUUCUUUCCAUUUUAGCCUCUUUCUUUUAAAAGAGGAUAUAUUAGAGCAUCCCUGUGUUAGAUACAGGAAUUAUCUACUUUUUUAUUACAUGUAAUUAGAAGGAAUCAGGAACUAUUGUUACUACUAAAACCACUUUCCUUUGUUUCUUGUAACUAGCACUUCAAGAAAAUAUAACUUAAGUACACGAGGAAUAGAAGCCAUUACGCCAUGUGUCUUAACAGUCACUAGCUAUAAUACGUACCCAGCAGGGAAUGUGCCAAAGUCCACCUCACUCACCUGAGACGACCACCCAUUAAAUGUACACCUGAGUGCAAAUUGACCACGAAACCGAGCACUCGCUAUCUGAUCCAUCUCUUAUCUUAUCCAUUGAAUCUUUGGAUACUGUACUUAGGAAAGCUGAUCAAGUUCUCAGUCAAAAGCAGAAUGGACUUGGAGGUUCCAGCGACCCCGCCUGCCCUAAUGCCAACACCCGCGUUGGGGGGCCAUUCUGCAGAGCGAAUAGCGUUUGGUACAUUUUGCACGCGGGCCCCGGACAGUUUUCCCCCUUGACUUAUUCCACGUAUUAGCAAUUGCCUUAUUUGUGCUGAGACGUGUAAGAUGUAUGAGUGGUUGUAUAUAUUAAAUCUGUAUUUUAACAGGAGUAAUAACAAUAUGGUCUAAUUUAUAAGUUUGGUAUCACUGCUUGCCUUGUGUGCAGUAAAUAUUGGUAUGGAACUAUGCAUAUUGUACCCGUAUCCACAAAUUGUUUUCCAUUGUUAUAAUUUUUUCUCUUGUCAUGGAUUUGGGGAGGUGUAUUCACAUUAAUAUAGUAGGUAAAAUGCAAAAUGUUUAUUAUAGUAUGGAGUUAUUUAUUAUGAUUGUUAUUAGAAUACACUUUUGAGAAAUACUGAAACUCCUGUAUAAAGGUCAGAAAAUGUUGUAUAAUUGUAAAACAGACAUUUCAAUAUAAUCUUCACAAAGAAGUGUGAUUCAGUACUGUAUGAUUUCUGAAACUUGUGCUUAUUACCUCUUGCCAGAUAUCAUAAUUUCUAGUAAACUAUCUGGUCCUAACCAUAGACAAAUUACGUAGGGUUGCAUUUCAGUGUACAACUACAACAUGUACCCUAGGAAAAUUCUUGUGAUGAACCUAUUGUAGGAAGGUAUCAUAAGAAUCUAGGAUAAAAAAAUAAACAAAAAACAAAAAAUGAAAAAAAAUAUAUCAGGAGGUUACAAACCAAUGUCCAUAUUAAAUUAUAAAGCCAAGAUUAAGUUAUAGUACAUCAUUAGGGCUGUGUUAUUCUCAUACAGUUUGUAGCAGUCCAGGAGUAAACUGGUCAUGCCACAUGUCCAAGUUUCAGCUACUCUAUAAAGUAAAGAAGUCAAGAACACA